AUGGAGGCCAGAGUUCUGGGAGUGCUGGUCCUAAUAGUGGCCUUGGGGGUCUCCAGCUCCGCUGGGCAGUAUGUGGGCCUGUCCAAGGAGCAGUGCGCGGUGCCCCCCAAAGACCGGGUGGAUUGCGGGUACCCCGAGGUCAGCCCCGAAGAAUGCAACAACCGUGGCUGCUGCUUUGAUAACAGCAUUCAGCAUGUGACCUGGUGCUUCAAGCCCCUGCAGGAGACAGGCUCCGGGCCUGGGGUGCGCCACCGGCUUUCCCCACAGAAAACAUGCAGCACCUCCCAACGAUGCUGA